UUUCGUUAGAUGAAUUGUUACAGUCACAUUCUGAACCAUUUGUCAUAGCUAUUAGCUAUCCAAAACCACCCGCCCUGGUACGAAGUAAAGAAAUAACAUUGAUUGGUAUGACUCAAGAGUUUAACAGUCACUUAUAAAGAGGGUAUCUAUCUCAAUGAUCUCAAAUGCAUUUCAUGUCCACAUUGAUUCUUCCAAGAAAUUGUCACAGGUUCAAUUCCCAGCCAGUUGGUUUCAAUUGUAGGCCAUUCGUCCAGCAUUAUUAUUAUUAUUAUUGUAUAACUACAGCCGAUCUGCCCCACCAUCACAUUAUAUUGUCCUGCCGUCUGCCAAGCCUUUGAUAUCCUAUUACACCCCACGCUGCUUCCUAGAGCUUCGCCAUCUAACAACCAAACUAUUGAAAUAUACAAUAUAACUUUGGCAAAAACAGAAAACAAGGGGAAACUACAUAAUUGAAAUAUAGUAAAAUGCCCAACCGCUCUUCCAUCUCUUACUUCGGCGCAGGCCCCGCGCCGCUCCCAACCCCCGUCAUCGAAUCCGCCGCGGCAGCCCUAAUAAACUACAACGACUGCGGCCUAGGCCUAGCAGAGAUCUCCCACCGCUCACCCGUCGCUAACAAAAUCCUCGCCGACACCAAGGCAAACCUGGUAACACUUCUAGAUAUCCCCGCGGACGACUAUGAGAUCCUCUUCAUGCAGGGUGGCGGGACUGGGGAGUUCAGUGCCGUCGUGUACAAUAUGGUCGGGGUGUGGGUUGAGCGGAGAAGACGGGCUCUUGCAGCUCAGGCUCAGAGGGAAGGGAAUGGCGAGGAGUUCGUGGAGGCGGAGUUGAAGCGGAUGGUGCGCGAGGAGCUGAAAAUGGAUUACCUGGUGACGGGCUCGUGGUCACUGAAAGCGAUGCAGGAGGCGCAGAGGCUAUGUGGGAAGCAGUUUGUGAAUGCUGCGUGUGAUGCGCGGGAGGGGAAUGGGGGGAAGUUUGGGACGAUUCCGGCCGAGAAGGAGUGGAAGCUUACUAAGACGAGGCGGGAGGGCGGCAGUGGUGCGCCGGCCUUUAUAUAUUAUUGCGACAAUGAGACGGUGGAUGGAGUGGAGUUUCAAGGGUUUCCGACGUGUUUGGAGGCGCCCGAGGGGGAUGUUGCUGAGGAGGAUGAGCGGUUGGUUGUUGCGGAUAUGAGUUCGAACUUCUUGAGCAGGAAAGUUGAUGUGCGGAAGUUUGCGGCUGUUUUUGCCGGGGCCCAAAAGAACGUUGGCGUCGCUGGAAUCACCGUGGUUAUUAUCCGGAAAUCGCUUCUGCCACCUCACACAGCAACACCAUCUCCAGAGCUUCUUCGUAAACUAGAAAUUGGCGGGCUCCCCGGCCCCAUCAUGUUCGAUUACGCCACUAUCGCCAAAAAUAACUCUCUCUACAACACCUUGCCUAUAUUCAACCUCUGGAUCGCCGGCGAGGUUAUGGCCAAGCUGGUGGAGACUUACGGAGAUAAGAAGGUCAGCGGGCAGGAAGUGAUUGCAAACCGCAAGGCAGAGCUGUUAUACGCUACGUUGGAUAAAUAUCCGCAGGUUUACGGCGUCGUACCACAUAAGAGCGUGCGGAGUAGGAUGAAUAUUUGCUUCCGUGUCUAUGGCGGGGAUGCGGAGAAGGAGAAGGUGUUCCUGGCUGGGGCGGAGAAGAGGCUUCUUCAGGGUCUAAAGGGCCACCGCAGCGUAGGUGGUAUCCGGAUCAGCAAUUACAAUGCCGUACCAGUGGAGAAUGUGGAGAAAUUGGCGGUUUAUCUGGAGGAUUUUGCGAAUGGGCGGGAGUAAGCUGGCUGUGAUAUUUCUUGAAGAACACCCUCUCUUCACGCCUUUCGCCUUUUUUUUUUUAAGAUGAGAUGAUUAUGCUUCAACAUGAAAACAAGAUAUGGUUAGAUCUUAAGGUAGAUGAACAGAAAGAGACCGAGAAGGUAAAGGAAUACCGUGCACUGGAGAUAUAUUCAACCAGACUCCAAGGCUAUGCAAUAUACCAGGAUAUACCAAGAUAAAUAAAAGAGCCCAAGAGAAGAUGGAAAUUUUUAAUCACAGAAUUGAAAUAUGUCGGACGUCGACGAUCUUCUCAAAGCUUCCAGACCGACCAAUCCUUCAAGUCCAGCCGGCGUAUAAGACCCUGGAGCGGACCCUGGAUUUCUUGUCCUCCACUCCACAUCUUAGGCCCUGCCAGGUAACUGAUAAACCCGUCAGGCCCAGAUAUAAGAAUCAAUUUCCUCGCAGCACCGGCACUCCUCUUCUGUAUCUCAUUUGCCGCUUCCGGCUUCGUAAAAUUCAAUAUUGAAUUGCUUCCAAUCAAAGUCCCUUCCUCAUCCACAAAGUAAUCAACAGUAAGCAGGCCUGGAUACUGAGCUUUCAACUCCUCAAGGUAUCUGACCGUAGGGCUCCUCGCAAUUGCGGUCUGCGGGGUGUGCUCCGUUACAGACAAAUCUUUGUUUGUGCUGAAAACCCGUUUCCACCAUGGCAGUGAACCGGCGCUUGGCCCGGCAGGACUGUCAUUUACGCCUCCCAGACAAUCCUCCCUCCGCCGAUUAGCCCACAAUAUAUGCAUUUUUGUCUUCUUCAAGUCCGGUCGUUUGUUAUUAUUUCUAAACAGGGCAUGUGCAGCCUGAAGACCCGGCGCAAUCCCCGUCCCGCCAGCAAUAAACAGGAUCUCCUCCACAUCAGCGGGCAAUAUGUAAUCCAACCGUGGGCCACGAAUAUCCAGCCUUGCACCUAUCGGCAGAUUGUGCAGGUAUCCAGAUACUUCUCCGUAGGGAUCUUUCCGGAUCAGAAACCGCAAGACGCCGUCAUCUGUCUCUCCUCCUCCUCCUCCUCCCCCUCCUCCACCACCACCUUCCUUCUCCCCACCCGCCCCCUCUACCCUCGCCGCAGGAAUAGGAGGCAGAGGCGUGUAAUCCCGUCCAAUCUGUAGCUGUGGCUGUUUGAACUGGACACUCCAUAGACCCCUCUGCCAAGCAUCUUUGUACACCACAUCAUUAUUCCCUGGCUUCACUGGGCGCAGGGUGAAUAUGCUGCUGGUUGAGGAGACAGGCGUUUUAGAGGCUAGCUCAUAUUGUGUGAAGGUGUAUGGGUUCAGGGUUGCGGUGGACGAUUCUUUUUCAUAUCGAACGUAGGCGCCAAUGGCAGCGGCAGCGACUGUGACUAUUGUAACCCGGAGCCAUCUUCGUUGCUUUGGGGGAGAGGGAUUCGUGGAGGCAGCGGAGGCAGCGGAGACAGCGGAGACACUUCGGCGACAAUGGGCAGCGGGAGAUGGGAGGGCGGAAAGGCGGAGACGCUUCGCAGGUUGAAGGAGGGACAUCUAUAAAGUUGUUUCGCUAGAAAAGAGCGGAGGAGGGUGGGAUAUACCAGGGAGAUGAAUGAG